AUGCCUGGAAAAACAUUGACUCCUUACGAACAGGUUCCAGUAACUAAGGAAGACUUGGACUGGGCCGAGCUGAUAACCCUCGAUCUGAGCCAAUUUGAGAAGCCAGGUGGUAAGGAAGAGCUUGUCAAGCAACUAGAGCACGCUGUUCGCCAUGUCGGAUUCUUCUACGUCAAGAACUUCAACAUCAGUCAGGAAGAGGUAGACCGCCAAUUCGCCUUGGGUCGCGAGUUCUAUAAUCUUCCUUUGGAAGAGAAACUCAAGUACCACAACAUUAAAGCCCUCGAAGCCGGAGAAUACAAUGGUUACAAACCUGCUGGCCUUCGCUCGUUGGCCCCUGGAAUCACAGACAACGUCCAAGUCUACAACAUCCCCAAGUUCGAUGGACGUCAUCAACGUCAACACCCUGAGGUACUUGAAGACAACAUCGAGGAGAUCGAGACGUUCAGUCGCAAGUGCCACUCCGAGGUCGUUGUCAAAUUGUUGAAACUUUUUGCCCUUCUACUGGAAGUCGACGAGGAGUUCUUCAUCAAGGAUCACGUCUAUGACGACUUUGGCGAAGACCAUCUACGCUAUAUGCAUUAUGCCGCUCGUAGCGCUGAAGUGAACGCCAAGAUUGGAGAGCUCUAUGUUCCGGGUCACACUGAUCUGGGUUCUGUAACCCUCCUUUUCCGCCAACCAGUUGCAGCACUGCAGAUCUUGAACAACGAGGGCCAGUGGAAGUGGGUCAAGCCUCAGGAUGCAACCAUCACAAUCAAUACUUGCGAUGCCUUGACCGCAUUGACUGCAGGAUACGUCAAGAGUAGCAUUCACCGUGUUCGCGCACCUCCAAGCGAUCAAGCUCACGUUGACCGUCUGGGUGUCUUGUACUUCGCUCGUCCUAACAACCAUGUCGUCCUGGAUCCAAUCAAAAGCCCUGUCCUUGAUCGCUUAGGUCUUACCUCUAAUGCGUUCACCGAUAUAGGUCAACAUCUUACUAUGCAAGAAUGGGUUAGACUUCGACAGACACAGCAGCAAAGGAAGACAGAGACACCUGAGAUUAAGGAGGGCAAGUACUUCUACAAGCCCAAGGAUUUGGAGAUUCUUCCUGGCUUGACUGCCACCGUACACAACUGA